GCGCAGCGGAGGGCCGGCGACCCCCUUCAUGCCACUGACUGAAGUGAUCUAUUGCUUUUAUACAACGGUUACUAUUAUGGCGAAACGAAAGUCAUAGACACACUACAUUUAAAAAGAAAAAAAAUAGCCGUUUAAUUAAAGAAUACAAAAAAGUAGUCCCUCCUGGCUGCGCUAUGCAUCGACGGUCGCUAUGGAACACACUUCAGCGUCCCUCCGAGAGAAGGCUCCGAUAGAGCGGUUCGCCGGCAAUUUAUCCUAUGGAGCAGUUCACUCGCCGUGUGCCUAAGCUUUCGUUAGUCUCUCCAUCGCCUUGCUCACAUUUACACGCUCUCCAUCAUCCAACACAUGUUUUACUUUGUAACUGUUUCUACUUCCAGGCGCGGAGUGAUAUGCAAACUUUCACAAAAUGAUCGGGCGUCAUAGCAGUUAUGUAUGCGCUCAUUAUACAACAGUUGGGAACCAAUCAGAUCGCUGGAUUUAGGUCCCCCGUUGUAUAAAUAUAUAUAUAUAUAUAUUUCCCUUUUAUAGAUCUCGCUCUCUCCAUCUCUAUAGAUAUCUCUAUAUCUAUAGAGAUAUCUAUAUCUAUAAAUAUAUAUAUACAUAUGAGUUAAGCACUUAACUCCUAUAUCGUGGCUACUACCGUUCCCUAAAGAAUACUGUAGUUGUUGAUUGUGGAGGUCAAGCAGAGUAGGACCUCAAUGUCCUGGAAUGGUGAGUGCCAAAGCCUCAUUUGUUUUGGUCUGUUUUUCGUUUGCUUUGGUCUGUUUCUUGUUUGUUUUGGUCUGUUUCUGUUAGUUUGGAACACAGAUCACCCUUGAUAGCAAUGAAAAUGUGGUGUCCAAAUGUUUAGACAUCUAAUAUUGUCUAACGCAAGAAUUUAAGACACCUAAAUUACUUAACCUUUCUCUGUUGGACCAUUCAAAUGGAAUACACAGGAAAUAGUUAUUAACUAAUCACUGGGCAAUUUUAUUUUAAUGCAAAGUACUAUAAAUAACCUUUGUGUUUAGGAAAGAAAAUUGAUGAAAAUAACAUUCAUAUUUUAAUAAUGGUAGCACUUAUUGGGUUGUCUUCUUGUUUUAAGGUGAACCUUAUCCCUGUCAGUAUAGUUUUAUGUUUAACAAAAAAAUUAUCAAAAUGAAUGUGAAUGUUCAAGAGAAUGAUUGACAGUGGAUUGAGAAUGGAGGUGCCCUUAAUUUCAAGAAUAUUUGGCCAAUUUAGUUAGCAUUUUGUCGCUAGAGUACAGAAUAAUCCAUGAUACAAGUAAUCGGUUUUGCAUUCGUUUACAUGUAUUAUAACUGACGCCACCAGUUUAUUUACAAUGCCAAAAAAUAUAUAUAUAUGUGAUUGAGUGAAUUUUGUAACGCUCCCAUGCUCAGGUUGUCAUUUGAUACAAUUUGCAGAUGCAUUGAUAAAACAUGCUUAACGUCCACUAGCAGACUGUAUAAACCAAAAGAAACCUAACAAACGUGGAGUUAGAAUCUGCGGCGUUGUACUGUGUUUUUAUCAGGGCCACUUUGAGAAAUAACAACACAGAACCCCAGAAAGGUGUCCCGACGUGUCUGCUUGGAGGUAUGAACGGCUGUGCCAUGUACUCCUCCUAAACAGUUAACCCCCCCUUCCCCUUCCUACCCCAUCAUCAUCUGUUCUCACACCUCCGAUUCAUUUUGUAUCCAAGUUUUUUUUAUAGUAUAGUUCUUGGGGCAAAAAAACAAACAAAAGAAAAACCGACAUUAUUCACAAUCUGCAUAAGGGUGCACUCAUGGGUUACUUUCACAUCCAGUGUGUGUACAAAUCUGCUGCUGUUUUUUUAAACCUGUAUAAAGGAAAAAAAAAGAAAAACCGCAUACUUGCCUCAUACUGGCUCAAGAAUGUAUCCUGCCUCUCGGGCAUACUACAUUUUUGAGAUUGACAACUAAAUAUGCAAUACUUAUAUAAAAUAAUUACACUUACAGAGUGCAUUUCUACAUGAGACAUGAAAUUGCUUCCUUUUGUUGUUCUUUGUUGUUUUUUCCAAUAUAAGCUAUACACACAAGGGCGGACCUGCAUUCGUCUUCUCUCUCUCUCUUCAGGCCUGAGCUUUUCAGGAAAUACCAUCACGUUACUUUUCACCGCACAAAUAAAGCCUAUUAUGUUAGACGACAAGUUGACCAAAGCAAGAUAUACAGACGAAUUCAACAUAUAUCCACGUGAUUCUUUGGAUAGAAUUGUACAGUUCUUUGUUUUUUAACACAUUUUGUAUGCUAUCUCGGAUGGCUUUGGUCAAGUUGUGAAAUACUGUGAAUAGAAUAGGUUUUAGUCUUUUCACGCAAAACUGUUUGUGAAAGUAAUCGACCAGCUUGAAUCUAAAAGUUUGCACUACCCAAAUAUUGUUUUGAAAAUCUAUUUUGUAUAAAACAUAUGCAGACAUUAUCUUUAAAAAAAAAAAAAAAAAAAGAUAUCAAGGGCAGAGCAUAUUUCACUGAGAUAUACUUUCUUUAAAACUUUGUUAUGCUUAAAAUUUCAUUUAUGUACAUAUAUUCAAUUAUGUAAAUGUAUUUGUCUCAAAAUACCCAUUUUUCUAACUCAUCUGUAUCAUUUCUCCAUGUAGUGUGAAUCUUAUUGAUCCUUUCCUCCAUUUAUUAAAUGUUGAAAUGUAGGCCUGUCUCAGUGGUACUUUAAAACAAAUUGUACACCGAUGCAUUUAUUCAACUAAUUCAAUUCUGAACAAUAAAAAUGGUUAUCACGGCAGCCAAUUGCUCUUCACCAAUAAAUGUGCUUUUAUCAUGGGAUGCUUGUUUUGUGGAUUUCUUCAGGGCAUACCCCAAAAAUAUACCAAGAGUAUCCAACUCCUUCAAUCUAAUAUCCAUCUAUAGCAAGUCCCAUCAUGCAAUGUAAGCAGACAGAAGCCAACAGUUUUCGGUCGGCCUAGCAGAAAUAUCCCAACAAAUAGCAACUUGCCUUGUUCAUAUAACAUCCAGGCAGGCAUGCAGGUCGACAAGAUUAGAUGGUUAUAAAAUGUAAGUGGCUACCUUGUUGCUGCACAGUGCGCUGUAGCCUGCACUUGCCAGCGGACGAGUCACUGUCACUGGUUAGCACCUGUGCUCAUUGGGCUAUGUGGGCUCAGCAUGUCGGGCCCCUUCCCUCCUGGCACCCUCCAUGUGAUCCGUGUCUUGCACCCUAUCUCUCAACUGCUCUACGACAACCACCCGGAUCGCGGUUUCAAACUAAAUAGCUUCAGCAUAUCCAUCGUUUUGAUUGAUCGUACCUUUUUUAUUUCAACAUAAACAAGAAUGUCGGAUGGAGAUGCAGUCGUUACAUCCACUGCGAGAUACGACCACAACCUGCUGGCAGACUAUAAAAAUAGGAUUCGCCUAUAUUGCCUCAAUGGCGGCCACCACCUCCAGAUGCUCCCAGAUGGGACGGUGCACGGCCAGAGGGAAGAGGAUGACGUCUACACUGUCCUGAGACUGAAAGCUGUAGAACCUGGUGUGGUUGUGAUUCAGGGAGUGGAAACUGGGAAAUAUCUGGCCAUGAGCAAUGCAGGCCACUUGCAUAGUUCAUCCACAGUAAGUGAUGAAUCUUACUUUGUGGAGGUGCUGGAAGAGAACCACUACAACACCUAUCAGCCCCGGAAGUACAAGGAGAGGAACUGGUAUGUGGGGCUGAAGAAGAACGGCAAGCCCAAGCCGGGCCCUCGCACCCACAUCGGUCAGAAGGCCAUCUUCUUCCUCCCACGACGGCUAGAUGACACAGGGGAGUGAUAAUAAUGACCUCCUAUUACUGUUAUAUUUAACUAUGUAGGUACGAUGAUGAUGGCCUUUACACCCUGUGCACCUGUACCACAACCCUUGGCUUUGGUGUGCCACCAUAUUUAUAACUGAACUGGAUGUGAGACUAUUGAUAGACUACUGUCUAUCGUGUCCUUGUGUAGGUAUGGGUGCGGGCAGUGUCCCUUUCCUAUUGUGGUAUGAUGGAUGAUAAAAUAGCGAUAUCUGCUGAAGGAAGUAGCUUGAUCAGUCCUCAUGAAUGUCAUUAUGGCUGCUUUUGAAAAAUGUGAAUGUAAAUUGACUUAAUCUCACACUCACUGUGCAUUACUGUCCUAGUAAAAAAAACAAAACUAUAUGAACAACACAAUGUAGUCAUAGAUUAUUGAUCACCUGACGAGUGUGUCCAUAUCCUUCAUAGCAUCCUUCUGACCAACCAGCGCUCAUGGUCCCUGCUAUUUGACCUGGGCUCAGUCGAAAGAACACCAGCCAACAUCAAAGACAUUCAGCUGACAUGAAGCUUUUUAAUCAAAUUUUAAAACAUCAGAACAAUAAAACCCAAAGCAGCUAUACAUUAAACAAACAAGCAGGUUUUGUUCAUUCUCAUGGUCCGACACUUUUUCCAUAGAUAUUUAACAAUGUAUGUGAGGACCUACUGAACUAAAAGUGCUGCAUGUCCUGGUUCCAUAUUCAAAUCAUUGAAGCAGUACUCCACUUGAGCCAAUAAGGAGACACCUAUUUAUUUUGAUGGAUGAGUAUGAUUUUGUGUUUAACAAACAUGAAAUAAGUCACCCGUAUGUUUACUUUUUGUGUAUAUAUAUAUUCUACAAUGAAGUAUAGAACACCCUGGGUUUUAUUGAUGUGUCUAAAGUGCACCUGCAUUCAACAUUCUUUGAUAGCAGGGUUUUGACACCUACUACAUUUCUAAAUUGCCCCAUAAGCAACUGGCUAA